AUGCAGAGAGUCAGGUCUCUCAGAAGUUGCUGGCAGCUGCUGAAAUCGCGCUGUGAGGGAGCAGCUAACCAAGCAAAUACCUCGUCUUCCAUCUCAAGAAAUUAUAGUAAUCUCCCUCCUCAGGGCCCCGGCUCCUUCGGGCUCCUCUUUGACAUCGAUGGCGUGCUGGUCCGAGGCAGAACCCUGAUCCCGGCGGCCAAGCAGUGCUUCAGGAACCUGGUGGACCGCAAUGGCAAGUACAAGGUGCCGGUGGUCUUUGUGACCAACGCCGGGAACUGCAUGAGGCAGACCAAAGCGGAGCAUCUGUCACAUCUGCUGGAGGUGGAGGUGUCUCCGGACCAGGUGAUGCUGUCCCACAGUCCUUUGAGAAUGUUUACACAGUUUCACAAAAUGAGCGUGCUGGUCUCAGGACAAGGGCCCGUGGAGGAAGUCGCCCACAACCUGGGCUUUGAGAAUGUAGUUACAAUAGAUAUGCUCAGAGAUGCAUACCCUGUCUUAGAUGUUGUGGAUCACAACAGAAGGCCCAAAGACAUUAUUCCACCUGCUAAAGGAUUACGGAAAAUAGAUGCUGUAAUCUUAUUUGGCGAGCCGAUCAGAUGGGAAACCAACCUCCAGCUUAUCGUUGAUGUGCUCCUAACCAGCGGAGACCCCGGGAAAUCCUGGAGUUCGGCCCAGUAUCCGCACAUUCCGGUUCUGGCCUGUAACAUGGAUCUGCUGUGGAUGGCGGAGGCCAAGAAUCCGAGGUUCGGCCAUGGCAUGUUCCUGGUGUGCCUAGAGAGUCUCUACAAAAAGGUCACGGGCCACGAGCUGAAGUACGAGGCUCUGAUCGGCAAACCCAGCGUGGUGACGUAUAACUACGCCGAGCUGCUGAUCAGACAGCAGGCUGAGAAACUUGGCUGGACCACACCCGUGAAGAGGCUGUAUGCCAUAGGCGAUAACCCCAUGGCGGACAUUUACGGCGCCAACCUCUACAACCGCUACCUCCAGGCCGGCCGUCGCACUAAGGCCCAGAAGCAGGCGAAGGGCGGCGGGGGAGAGGCGGAGGCCGUCGACGACGACGCCCCGAAAAUGACGCCGGCCGAACUAGGAGGGGCGACCAGCGCGUACGGGUCAGAGGAGGAGCUGCCCGACGGGUGCAGCUCCAUCCUGGUGUGCACGGGGGUGUACAGCAGGGACCAGCAGGAGCUGCCCUCCGACCCCGCGGAGAGCGUCACCGAGCAGCGCAUCUUCCACGGCCACAGGGACUUCCGCUUCGACCCCGUGCUCACGCAGCCCUCCUUCGUGGUGCACGACGUGAAAGAGGCGGUGGAGCUGGUGUUCGGGCAGGAAGGGUGGCCCCUGGAGUUCUGA